GUCAACAAAUUCAACCAACACAUUGCUAGAAGAAAAAGAAGAAGAUGGGUUUGAGAUUAAGUAUCAAGGCCAUUUCUCUUCUGCUAAUUCUAGCACAUGUUGCAGAAGGAGGGGAUUUUGAUGUAACAAAAUAUGGUGCGAAACCCAAUUGCGAUGUCAAACAGGCUCUAAUGAGUGCUUGGAAAGAGGCAUGUUUAUGUCCAACUCCAAGCACAGUCACAAUUCCACCAGGGCUAUUUCCGUGUGGUCCGGUGGUCCUUGAAGGUCCUUGCAAGGCUCCUAUCGGGGUUAUACUCAAAGGCAACCUCAAGGCCCCAGCUCUCGCACAAAUCCCUACCGAAGCCUGGAUUGUUUUCCAAAAAGUUAAUGGUUUCACCCUAUCAGGUGGUGGAUCCGUCGAUGGCAUGGGUGCCGAUGCUUGGAAAACUAAAAACACAAAACGUCCCGCUAAUUUAAGGUUCAACUACGUAAACAAUUCUAUGAUCACUGACAUAACUACCAAGGACCCCAAAAUGUUCCAUAUUACUGUAUUGGGAGGCAGUAAUAUGACUUUUGCAAAGCUUAACAUCAUUGCACCAGGAGAUAGCCAUAACACUGAUGGACUCCACAUUGCACGUUCAAACGAUAUUAAAGUCCUUGAUUCAAAAAUAGCAACAGGGGAUGACUGCGUAUCCUUUGGCGAUGGAGUCUCACGCACUAACAUCGAAAAAAUUGCCUGUGGACCUGGCCAUGGCAUCAGCAUUGGGAGUCUCGGCAAGUACCCAAAUGAACAACCUAUCCAGGGAAUUACAGUUAAGGAUUGCACCUUCAGCAACACAACCAAUGGAGUAAGAAUUAAAACAUGGCCAGGAUCCCCUCCUAGCGUUGCAGCUGAUAUGCAUUUCGAGGAUCUGAUCAUGAAAGAAGUCUAUAACCCCAUCAUCAUUGAUCAAGAGUACUGCGAUGCAAAUUUAAAAUGCCCACCAAAGCCUCCAUCUCAAGUCAAGAUCAGCAAAGUCAGCUUCAAAAACAUUCGUGGCAGCUCCUUAACCGACGUUGCUAUCAAGCUUGUUUGUAGCAAGACUCUGCCAUGCCAAGAAGUGGAGAUAGGUAACAUUGACCUGACAUUUAAAGGAGGCGCUGCCAAGUCUCUAGUCACAAACCUUAAGCCAACUCCUUGCGGCAAAAUAAAUCCUGCACUCGGUCCAGCUUAAUCUUCUUGAUUCUUCUUCUUCUUUUAAUCUUCUUGAUACUAAUGUGCUUGAAACAAAUGACGGAAUGGUUGUGGCUGUGAACUCUUACCAAAGUGUAUUCUUUAUUGAUUAAUAAAGAUUCACUAUUGGAGAUAUGUGAUUGGCCUCAGCAUCUCAAAAUUAUAACAUCGUUCAAUUCAUAUUUUUAUUUUUUGUCA